UUUCAAAUCGCGCGCGAAUAUCAAACGUAAAUAAACCGCGAUCGCAAAUCCGGAAUGACUUCGCAGGAAUCUUCCUCCGCCGCAAUGGACAGCUCGGGCCUGGACAGCAGCAAACUGGCCUCCACCAUCAACCACCUGUUCGAGUGUUGCAUCUGCCAGCAGAACCUCCAGGACGCGCACAUCUGUCCCCGGUGCUCGCAACCGUUUUGCCGGAAGUGCAUCGCCGGUUGGCUCGGCAACCAACCGACGUGUCCCCAGUGCCGGGAGCUGCUCACGGUGGAAUCGCUCGUUAAGGCACGCACCUUCGACCAGGUGCAGGAGGUGGUGAGCGAUUUCGUGGCGAGUGAGAAACGGAAUCGGUGUCUGGGUCACGGCAAGGACUUGUCGCUGUUUUGUCUGGUUUGCGAGAAGUGCCUCUGUCCGGGAUGUAUGUUUGCCGAGGAGCAUGUGGCCCACAAGGACCAGGUGCUGCUGUUGGAAGGUGCUUUUGAGGAAUUCCGAUGCCGAUUCCGGGAGUACCUCGAGUUGCUUCAGCAGCGAGAGGAGACCCUGGAAAUGUCACUGGUCACCGUCAAAAGGAACGAGCGUUCGCUCGAAGAGGCACAGGACCGAAUGAGUUCGAUUGCACGCAAGAUGAUCGAUUCCAUCACCGGUCAUUACAACGAGGAGAUUGCACGUCAAGCGCGAAAUAAAGAACAACUGCAAUUUCAAGAGGGGAAAGUAGCCGUAUUGAGAAGUUUGGCCAACAGCCUAAACACAAAUGUAACAAGUGUCGCCGCCAUGAACGAAGUGACCGAGUUCCAGAAGUUGGCCGGGGAGCUGCUCAAAGAGAAACCUCCAGCGGUUAGAGUGGUUGAUGUUCACUUCAAGAACCCCCUAAUUCCCUCUCCCAUCGGCCUCGAGCUGUACCUGAAAAACGCCCGGCGCCACCAUCAAUUCUACGAGUCGUCCCAGCAAACGGAGAGUGGCUUCCGGUGGAAGGUCAAAGUGUCCGCCCAUCAGGAGACCACGGCGUGGAGUUGCAGCCUGCUGUUGGAAAAGGGUCGUCCGGACACGUUUUGGGUUGCACUCGGAGGUUCACCUGCGAAUCCGUACCGCUUCGAGCUGGGCCAGUGGGUGGACUUUGGCGACGACAUUCCGUGUGUAUACGACGCGGAAGCGGACACGCUCGAGGUUCAGCUGGAGAUUCAACAGGCGAGGACGUACGCCGCCCAGUGCAGCCAGCAGCAGGACUACAUCGCGGAACUGGAAGCGAGGAUUGGACGGUACGAGGCGGUCAUCGGCGAUAUUCAGCGGAAGGCGGCCUGCUCGCUGGACGGAGCGGACGCAGCGAUGGAGCAGUGAGAGGUGGGUGGAGAAGAUUUUUGUGACAUUUUUAUUCUUGUUUUUUUUUUUU